UAAAACGGUUUUGUGCGGGGCUUCCUCCUCCAUCACUUCCUUCCUUUGAGCAAUGCGUUGUGAGGCGGGGAGGUGUGAGGAGCCCGCUUCUUUACUCUGUCAUGCUGCUCAGGAGCCAUGGCGGAGCGGACACUGAGGAGGAACCAGCGGUCGGAGCUCAGCGGGUCCACAGCGGCGGCUCAACCGAGGAGGGAUCAACGUUACCUGCGGCACAGCCACAACUACCGCUGACGGAAUACAAUGGUGACGGCUUCUAAAGUUUUACACACGUCGCUAGCUUUUGUCACAGCUAGCCGGUUUAACUUUUAACUCACUGGCGUUUCCUAAAUAUCGACGGGAUCAUAGCGACGCAGAGUUAGUUCUGGUUUUCUUUACCUCCAGCAACGUUACGUGUACCCUGUAAAGCCAUCUGUCUCAGGCGUAAAUCUGGCGCACUGUCCCGCAGUGGCUCAUAGAGAGCCUCUUUAAUAUUUCAAAGCCGAGUCACUGGAGGUUACCAUGGGGGCAAAGCAGAGCAGCCCGGCCGCUAAUCCAGCUGCCAACGGACGGACCAGAGCAUACUCCGGCUCGGACCUGCCCUCUAGCUCGUCCAGCAACGGCAGUAAUGUCAGCAGGACUACCGCCGGGGGUGUGAGGUACCAUGCGUACAGUGCGUCCGGAUCCUCCGGAGCCUCGUCCAGCACAAGUCAGCACCACGGAGCCAGGGCCAGGUCUGUGGGGGGCUCCGGGACCAGACCCCAGUCCGGUAUUAACAUUCCGAACAGCAGCGGAGCCUACAGCUCCCAGGAGUCCGGCGGCAGCAGCCCGGAGGAGGCGGACAGGGGGCACGAAAGUCCCCGACUGUUGAUCGGAUCGCUACCAGCUCACCUCUCGCCUCAUCUGUUCGGAGGCUUCAAGUGCCCUGUGUGUUCCAAGUUUGUAUCCUCGGAUGAGAUGGAUCUUCACCUGGUCUUGUGUUUAACCAAACCCAGAGUAACGUAUAAUGAGGACGUCCUGACCAAGGAUGCAGGAGAAUGUGCAAUAUGCCUGGAGGAGCUGGUGCAGGGAGACACCAUCGCUCGCCUGCCCUGCCUCUGUAUCUACCAUAAAGGCUGCAUCGAUGAGUGGUUUGAAGUGAACAGAUCGUGUCCAGAGCAUCCAUCAGAUUAAAGCUGCUUUGCACUGGUAUUCCACAAUGUGAGGGAUCUACAAAAGGGAGUGUGGAUCCAGGGAGACUGCAGGACACUGUGAUCUGUUUAACCCCCCACCCCCACCCAUGAUGUAGUGCCACUGUGUGCCAAAUCUCAUUUAAGCAAUCUUCAGGGAUACAGACGUUUGUGUUUAUGUUUAAGUUGCACAUCUACUCUUGGUCUCCUUCUGGACGAAGUGGUCUCCACCUCACGUCCUCUCCGGCCCUGACACUCAGAGCUACACAGGACAUCACGGCGGGGCUCCUCCUCCUGAGCGGCCAUUGGACAGCAGGUGUCAGCUGAUUGUACAUCCGGACGCUGGAGGCGGUGGACAAGGUCCUGGAAAUGGGGGGCCGUUGCUCCCUUCUUCCUUCAGCGUCAGGGUUUACCAGUGCCUUGUUGUUCGGAUGCCCAGCCUCAGCGAGGUAGGACACAGGAGGACCGGCCUUUCAGCAGAGACGGCUGGACGGACUCGCAGGAGCGUCUCGCCACAACUGCUAGUCCAGCAGAAACGAGCCAGAGACUGGAGAGCAGCUCGGACAUUUUCAGAACCGAAGCUGCUGCUGAAAAAAAUGGUGCCAAUCAUCUGUGAAUAUUGUCAAACACACACACACACACUUUAUCAUCAGUGCUUUUUUAAUCACAUACCAUGGAGUAGAGGUCUUCAGGUACCAAAACCUGACCCCAAUCCUGGAAAGGACCCCUGGCUUACCGACCUGAGCCAAAACUAGAGUCCUGCUGCCAACAUGACAAACACAUUUUGGCUCAGAAACAUUAUCUUGUGUGAACUAGACCCUUCUCAUCUCAUAACAUGAUAUGUUUCUUGUUAAUGACAUAUAGGAAUGUGAGGAAAAUUCUGGUUAUACAACGUAUCAUGUUAUAAGGACAAACUGUUCUUGAUUUAAAGAGAUUUGUUGAUUUUGUGUUAUAACAAGAAUGAUUUUUGAUAAAACAAGAUGUUGUUAUGACAUGAAAAGUUUGUUCUUAAAACAAUGUGUAGUGACUAACAUGAAAAAUAUCAUUUUAUAACAUGAAUAGGAUCUCAUAAGAAACAUGUUAUCAACGAGAAAGUGACAUUUCUUAUUUUUACUUUUUAUUUUGUCCAAUUUGCUAUGUUGGUUUUUUGCUUCUCCAUGGAAAUAUGAGAUUCUCUUUUUUUUUUUUCAUUAAGUCUGUGAUAGUCUAUAAUGUAGGCUGUGUAUUAAUUAUAACAUUUGGUCAUACCUCCGUCGAUACAAAUAUGAUGAAACUCAGAGGGAAAAAAUGUGUUCUGAAGUUCACAUUUAUCAUAUCUAUCAUAUCAGUGUCUGAUCUAGAGUUACAAUAAACCAAACACUGUCAUAGAAGUCGAACACAGAGAAAAUGGAGUUAAAAUAGAUGAAUAAAACACAAGAUAUACAAUUUUUUUUGAUUUAAAUAAUAAAUUGAAACUUAAAGAUAGUUUAUGGAGUAUCUGAUCCUAUUUUAAAUCCCAAUUUUUCCAUUUGUUUUUUCAGUUGUAUUAGUGUUUCCCUCUGGAGUUUUUUUGUCCCCGUCUAAUUUCUCUCGUGCACGUGCAUGAGGUCACACAGACAAGGGUGACGACAUACACAGUGCUGUCAAUGAUGUCACUAUUCUACAGGUGGCAGUAAUGUGCCGAGAAAUGCUGCAAUGCACCAGCAGAGGCAGUACACGUGAAUGGUUUCAUCAAAGGAGAAUGUAUUCAUCACAUGUGUUCAAGCUUAAACACAACUUUGGUGAAUGUCAACAUAACUUUAAUUUGUAUACUACAAAACCCAACAGGGCACCUUUUAGUGUAAUCCCACGUUUCCUUGUAAUCUGCUCUGCGUGCUCUAUUUCUAUGAUGGUGUUUGAUGAGUUCUAACUUUGCAUAUGUGACACUGCUUGCUUUGGUCUGUGACAGUCACUGAGUGAGCCUGCAUACUAAGGAGCACAUCAGCUGAAAUGUUUGUGAUUGUUAAAUUUGUGCAUCUAAUUAAUACGGAUAAAGCAAAUGUGAACUUCAAACACUCUUUUUGACGUGUUAUUGACAGAUGACAGUAGAGAGCGCAGUGACUUGGGUGAGCACAUUCAUAGCAACAUUCAAAUGUUGGUCCCCAAGUGACCUUUUGUUUCACUAAAACUCUGUUGAGAACAGGAUGUGGUUGAGGUCAAGCCAGCUGGUGAUAGGUUGACUGAACUACAGCAGACGGGUCGAACCGUGGCAGCUUCCUGCAUUCAUACAGACACAGCACCAAGUAGAGUGGUCCAGGAUCUGAGGGGCACUGGAAUGACUGACCUGACACUGAUCCAGUCUGUUGGUUGGGGUUUCAUGGGUUUAGGAUUGCAUCAGGACCUCUACCACGGAGGAGCUGUAGAGCAUACAGACUUUGAUCCAGUGAAAACCUGUCAAAGUUGAUCUCACUGACGAGCUCAUCAUCCACCAGAGAAUAUGAACUCCUCAGUGAAAUCACUGAGUGUGGGUUCCAAAGCUCGGUUUCCUCCUCUUCUUUCCAUUGCACAGAGCCCAGUGCUCGACCCGACACCAUGAACACUCUUUUAUCUUUUGUACUGGAAAAACAAAUGAGCUGCUUUUAAAAGCAAUCUGUGUAGACAUGAUGAAUGUUUCAUUGAAAGGGUCCGGUUUGGAAUUGCCUAAAUGGCACGAAAAGCAUUUGUUUUCUACGAGACAAGUUUUAAUUUCUUCACACACACUCAACACAAGGUACAUAUUGUGUGUUAGCAAGUUCUAUAACAUUACUGUCAAAAAACAAAAGGUAAGGAGAGAACACUGUUUAGCUCACACUGACAAAAUGGAUCACCAGAAUGUUUUUUUUCUUGCCCCUCAGGGCAAAAUAUACUGAAGUAAAAAGUAAAUCUUGAGAAACUUCAUGGAAAUGAAAUACUAAAUUACUGGAGUAUUCCUUUUUAGGCACCUCCAUUAUUUAUAUGAUAAUACUUACUAAUACUGUUUGAUUUCAUGUUGUGUCAUUCUCUGGUUAUGAAGCCAUGAGGGAUCAGUUUGUGGGUCACUGGAGGAAAACUGAGUGAGCUUUGGGAUCCACACUCAUCAUGUUGUGUUUGUAAAGCUGACAGCCACACAGAGUCUUGUAACUCGCUGUCCCUCCGCUCAGAGGGACACACAGUCAUAGAGUUGUCCUCUGCAGUGUGUGGAGGAGGGAGUGUUCUUCUGUUUGUAGCAAUAUCCUGAACAUUUGGCUCAUACUCUACCUUCAUCUCUUUAAUCUGACUUCUGCAAUCAAUCAUCGAUCAUUUACAUGACUGAUUAAUCAAAGGUUUGACAAUGACUAGUGAAGUCUUUCUGUCUGUGUGAGGACGAGAGCAACAGAUCUAGCCUUAACAGAUGUGAUGACAUUCAAUCAUCAAAUCCUUCAUUGUUGAUUUCUAACAGCAGCUGGCAACAGCACAGUUUCAUUUGUUAUUUUAUAUGGCCUAGGAAGGUUAAUUUAUUGUUUGUGAACCUACUCUCUCGCAAAGCUCAAAACCAGAGAAAUACUUCUCAAACUGGUGAUGUCAUCAAGCUGCUCCGCAACGAAUGGCUGAUUUUGUGUUUUCUUUUUUUAUACCUAAAUGGCUCAUUUGGGUAUAGGAUAUUCCAUCCUAGUGAAAUGUCCCCAUAUACUCAGAACAUAUCUGUGGGUGCUCUGUGUCGUCUAGAACAUCUUUCCUAAUUCAUUAUCUAUGGAGCACUACCACACUAUACUUGAUGACAUCACACAUUUGAGUUUUGGGAUUUCGGAAAGAGAUGUUCAUGUAUGUAAUAUUUGUGGACUGAUGGAUUUUGAAAAUGGGCUUUCCCUUUAAAUGAAACCAUAAUCAGGGGGUGGAGUGUUAAAGAAGCUCACAUUUGGUGCUAUAAGAACACAGGAGGUUAAAAUUCCUUGUCCACUUACUUGCUGUCCAAAGCUUUCAGCCAUAGCCUUCCUAUCAGAUGGACAACUCAACAAUCUCCAUGACAACUGAACUCAACCCACUGACGAAGCUUUGGAAACAACAAGUUGACCUUGUUUUUCUUUUUGUAGUGGCAGAAAGGUCGAGACACUGUCAUUGGUUUAACUGGAGUUCAUACUCUGAGGAACUGAGGAAACAGAUUCAGGAUAAGUCGCACUUUUUUGCGUUUUUCAUAAUUUAUCUCUUACCAGUUCAACAAUCAUCACUUAAGGAAAUGUAACCCGGAAUAUGUGCUGUUCAAUAUGUAACUGACAAAGACAGAAAAUCGUAACAAACAUAAAAUAUGAUUAAAUAUUUAUUUUUUUGAAAAACUAUGUACAAAAAGCAAUGAAAUGUGAAUUAUUUGGAUACCAAUCAUUCUCUUGUAUUUAUUGAAUUUUUAUACCAUAUUUCUUUUAGAGAAAGAAAAGGGGCCCUACUGGGAAAAGUGAGGUGGUGCUCAGGCCUCAACGUGCUCAGGCCUCAAAGCUGUAGCAGCCAGCUGGACUGUGUGAAGUUUUGCCCAUGCUAAUAUGAUUCACAGAUACACUUAGCAUCACUGUAGUAUUAGUGACACACUAUUGCAGCUCCAGUGUAACAUAUACUGUAUAUUAGAUUAGCAGCUCCAGGUCUCUGGUCUUCUGUUCUCUUAUUGCUUUACAGACAACACAGUCUCACCCUUAUACUCAACAACGUAGGUUUGCAUAUGGGCAGUAAGACAUGGAGGACAGAAUUGUCCCCACCAAUAGCUGAGCAAACUAAUUGGCAUCAUCAUCGCAUCGCAUUAUUAUUAUUAUUAUGUGAACUGUUGCCUGCAUCUGAAGGGGAUACCACCAUAUCAGCAGAGCAAUAACAUAAUGCACAGCAGACUAUAGAGCAGAUUAUAUGUUUUGUUAAAAUAUUGUGCUUUAUUAUGAGCUAUUCAAGUUUUUGGGUUUAUAAGUUAAUUUAAAAUGAAUAAAUGUUUCAUUGACAUGAACCGGUGCCACAUGCACAUUAAAAGAGGUUUCACAA